AUGUUAAAUUAUCCCACAAAAAAGGAAAAUUUGCCUACAGCGAUUCGUGUCCCUGCAAGAAGGAUCACUUAUGUGUCUGGUGGAAGUGCUUUAAAGCCACCUGCAAAUAGGUAUAGUGUUGGUGGAAAUGCUUUAAAGCCACCUUGUAAAACAAUAAGUUCUCUAAAAUUUAUUCUUAGAACGGGAAGUUUAUGGAAAGGAAAUUCAAAUGCCACGUUGUCAAGCACAAGCUUAAAAAGUUCGAAUAGGUCCAUUCCGUUACCACGAAAUAACUCAAAAGUGAAUACUGCGCCUAAGAGUCGUACACGUGCUACAGCUCAUAAAGAUACUCAAGCAAAACUUAAGUCAAACCCUGCAUCACUUGAAGCUUUUAAAGAUAAAACCUUAAAAAGCUCGAAUAAGUCCAUUCCAUUACCACGAAAUAACUCAAAGGUGAAUACUGCGCCUAAGAGUCGUACAUGUGCUACAGCUCAUAAAGAUACUCCAGCAAAACUUAAGUCAAACCCUACAUCACUUGAAGCUUUAUUUAAAGAUAAAGCCUUUCCAAGCUUAAAAAGCUCGAAUAGGUCCAUUCCAUUACCACAAAAUAACUCAAAGGUGAAUACUGCGCCUAAGAGUCGUACAUGUGCUACAGCUCAUAAAGAUACUCCAGCAAAAAUUAAGUCAAAUCCUGCAUCACUUGGAGCUUUAUCUUCUGUAAGCUUAAAAAGCUCGAAUAGGUCCAUUCCAUUACCACGAAAUAACUCAAAGGUGAAUACUGCGCCUAAGAGUCGCACAUGUGCUACAGCCUAUAAAGAUACCCAAGCAAAAUUUAAGUCGAAUCCUGCAUCACUUAAAGAAAUAUUAUCGAGCAAAACCGCCAAUGACGCUGACAAGAAAAGAUCUCAUACUUUAUUUGGACGCGGACUCAGACCAAAGUCAACCGUUGGAACUGCGAAUCGUGUGGCUGAUUUGUCCCGAUCUCGGAUGACUUAUUCUUAUCGUGUUAAGAAGCCUUGCGAUUCAAGAAUGUCACUUUAUACUAGUGCUUUACGCGUUCCCCGCACAAAUAAUGUGAAGAAGGAACCUCGAAAAUCCCUGAUUCCCAGUAAGGACUGGUGUGAACCGGUAUCAUCAUCUCCUUUGUUGGAACCAAUGAGAAAUUUAACGUUGCGUAGAUUAUCACGGAAGCCUAUAACAUUAGAUGAUCUCAGACUUUCGAUAAAUAACGACAUUUCUUUUGGUACUAAACCUCCAAAUGGUAAUCAUCUUCCAACUGUUGAAGAGUUUCGAUUAUUUGAAGAAUUAGAAAAACUUGAAGAGCAAUAUUAG